AUGGAGUAUGGAGUGGAUUACGCGAGUUAUGCCAGCAGGAUUAGCGCUUUUUACACUGGCCCAAACUUUUUGAAUUCAUGCUUGAAUGGAAACAAUAUUACCGAUCAAACACAGGACCCAUGCAGAGCGCGCCAAGAUGCUCAAAUCACGGUGCACGCGGACAACGUGCGUCGCCGGAAACGGACGACCUUUAACAAAAUGCAACUUUGUGAGCUGGAGAGAGCCUUCUCGGUCACGCGGUAUCCUGAUGUCAAAACGAAGGAAUCUCUCGCGUCGCUCACAGGGUUGCCGGAGUCAAAGAUCCAGGUAUGGUUUCAAAAUCGACGUGCGCGUUACUUCAAGAGCAAGAAACCGCAAGAAGCCCCAUCACCACCCGCACUGGAGCAACGCUGCGCUCUACCCCCCCUCCCUACAACCAUGCCUCUUCAAUAUCCUCCUCAAUAUCUUCAAUACCCAUCUCCGCCUCCCCGCUACCCGUCCCCAAGUUUACCUGAGGCCUCCAAACUUUCCUCAGGUUUCUCGACUCGAGGCCAGCUAAUGUACCAUGUCAUGCAUCCCAGUUCAACUUCGAGAGACCAAACGACGGGUUACCCACAGGACAAUAUUGAAAACCUAUAUACAGCGUAUUACAGCCAAGAAACAGCGCAAUGUAAUGUCACACAAGGUACUGGGGACAUUUCAGAUGGGCUCACUGGUGACUUUGUCAGGGACGCGCAGGGGCAACACGCCGUUGCUGGGAGCCGCUGUGGCGCGCCUGACCAGUACGAGUCUGCGCAGAAUCUACCAGUGCAGUAUCAGAGUUUCGCCACAUGGGGGAGCCAGAAAGAUGACUUUCUAGAAGACCUUCCUGAGUUAUACUCACAGGACCUCAAUGACAUAAAUUUGUCUGAUUUGGUUGUUUCAACUGCUCUGAUCGAUUAUCUUCUCAGCUGAAUUUGUACGAAAGUCUAAAUAUUGAACAUGUACAUUGUUGUUAAUAGUUUGC